GAUCUCUACUCUCAGUCCUACGAUGCUGUUGGCGUCAUGUUCGCGUCUAUCCCUGGCUUUGCUGACUUCUAUUCCCAGACCGAAAUGAACAACCAGGGGGUGGAAUGCCUGCGACUGCUGAAUGAAAUCAUUGCUGACUUUGACGAGUUACUAGGUGAAGAACGAUUUCAGGACAUUGAAAAAAUUAAAACCAUUGGAAGCACAUAUAUGGCAGUAUCAGGAUUAUCCCCUGAAAAACAGCAGUGUGAAGAUAAGUGGGGCCAUUUAUGCGCCCUGGCAGAUUUCUCUAUUGCACUGAAUGAAAGCAUUCAAGAGAUUAACAAGCAUUCUUUUAACAACUUUGAGCUCCGCAUUGGUAUCAGUCACGGCUCGGUUGUAGCUGGGGUCAUCGGUGCUAAGAAACCACAGUAUGAUAUCUGGGGCAAAACUGUUAAUUUAGCUAGUCGAAUGGACAGUACUGGUAUUAGUGGCCGAAUGCAAGUGCCUGAGGAAACAUAUCUUAUCUUGAAGGACCGGGGGUUUGCCUUUGACUAUCGGGGAGAGAUUUAUGUCAAGGGCAUCAGUGAGCAAGAAGGAAAAAUCAAAACCUACUUUCUUCUGGGAAGAGUCCAGCCCAACCCUUUGACCUUGCAACCAAGAAAACUCACAGGACAGUAUUCCUUAGCUGCUGUUGUGUUAGGGCUUGUACAAUCUCUGAACAGGCAAAAGCAGAAACAAAUUUUGAAUGAGAACAAUAAUUCUGGCAUCAUUAAGGGUCAUUACAACCGGCGGACUUUACUAACUUCGGGCGGACCUGAGUCAGUUGCCCAGGUGGAAGCCGCGGACAAGACGGAUUUGCCAUAA